UCACUUUUUCCCGAAGUGUCGCCAGCAACAAAGUAGUGUGUACAUCACACCGAGGGAUGAAGGAAAAAAAUUCAAAGGGGGGCGAAAAACAGAUAAGGUCACUUUUGCUGUCAGUUAGGUUUUUAUACAUUUUUUAUAGCUAGUUUGAGUCUACCUAGCUAGCUAGCUACGUUUUUGGAAAAUGUUACCACAAUGAAGAACGUUAGCUAGCCAAAUUUGGCGUUUUAGCUGGGCUAAAUGUAAUAUAAAUGGCUAGCUAUCCAUUUUAGCCAGCUAGCUAACGUUACCGCUAGCGGGUAAGCCACAUUUAGCUAGCUUACAAAAGCAACACACGAGAUAGCUAGCUUGCUAUCCUAGCUAAAUAAUAAAAAGAUUUAAGGAUUAUUUUGCAGCUUUUAUCUUUUUCUUAAAUCCCUGUUGUGGUUUGCCUUUUGACAACUAGUUACUCCUUUAGUUAGCUGAUGGACAGUUUCACAGACGUUCUUUGUCACUUCUCGGGCGUUUUAAGGUAACGUUAUUGGUUCUGGGGCGGCUAGGCGAAGCAGGAGACUGUACAGAUGUGGCAGCCAAGUUUGUCCCCUUGUCUCCGGGACCUGGGUUGGUAAGCACACGGCUAUUUAGAUGCGUUGGAGUUGAUGCUACAGCCAACUACAACAUUUGGCAAGAAAUGUAUUGUUCGUUUUUGGAGAGAAACGCAAAAUAGCUAGCUAAGUUAGUUAUCCAGAUGACUGUCAAGUGUUAAGCUAGCAAAUUCAGCUGUCGUCGCUGGCUAGUUGCUGUCGAGUUUAGCAGAGCUAACUGGGCCCUAUUAUCUAUAUUUGUGUCUGUUUCAACUAUAUUAACUCAAACUUGACAGUUGCACGAGACUUACAGGCUGUGAAAUAUUCGGUGUAGCUGCUGCCAAUGCUACAGUAGCUCGCACACAGGCGUCUUCGAAGGAGGGCAAACUUAAUCGUAGGUAAUUGACUACAUUUGUUGCAUCCACAACACUCAUUUGUUUUUACCACAGGACUGUCCAUUCUGAUUUACAAAAGGGAUCAGAACAAUUAUUUGCUACUAAGUGUGAGGCGUGGGCGCCCCAUUCAAGUCGGGCUUUUAAAUACUGCGGUGAUGACUUUAGAAUCCAUGAUGGCUUGUUGCCUGAGCGAGGAGGCGAAGGAGUCCAAACGAAUCAACGCUGAGAUCGAUAAGCAGCUUCGCCGAGACAAGCGAGACGCGAGGAGGGAACUCAAACUGCUUUUAUUGGGCACUGGCGAGAGUGGCAAGAGCACAUUCAUCAAACAGAUGCGCAUCAUCCAUGGGACGGGCUACACUGACGAGGACAAAAGAGGCUUCACCAAGCUGGUGUACCAGAACAUCUUCACCUCCAUGCAGUCCAUGAUCCGGGCCUCCGAGACCCUCAAGAUCCAGUACAAGUAUGAACAGAACAAGUCCAAUGCACUGCUCGUGCGAGAAGUGGACGUGGAGAAGGUGUGUUCCUUCGAACAGCCCUACAUCAGUGCAAUAAAGAUGCUUUGGACAGACCCUGGCAUCCAGGAGGCCUACGACCGCAGACGCGAAUAUCAGCUCUCGGACUCAACCAAAUAUUACCUUAGAGAUUUAGAGCGAAUAGCGACCAAGGGGUACGUGCCCACUCAGCAGGAUGUGCUGCGGGUUCGAGUGCCCACUACUGGCAUCAUUGAGUACCCUUUUGACCUGGAGAAUGUAAUCUUCAGCUAUCUAAGCGAUCUGGAUCGUAUUGCUGAACCCAACUUUCUACCAACCCAACAAGAUGUGCUUAGGGUUCGCAUCCCCACCACAGGGAUCAUUGAAUACCCUUUCGACUUGCAAAGCAUCAUUUUCAGGAUGGUGGAUGUAGGGGGUCAGAGGUCAGAGAGGAGGAAGUGGAUCCACUGCUUUGAGAACGUCACGUCCAUCAUGUUCCUGGUUGCCCUCAGCGAGUACGACCAGGUUCUGGUGGAGUCUGACAACGAGAAUCGGAUGGAGGAGAGCAAGGCUCUGUUCCGGACCAUCAUCACAUAUCCCUGGUUCCAGAACUCCUCCGUCAUCCUGUUCCUCAACAAGAAGGACCUAUUGGAGGAGAAGAUCACUUACUCCCACCUGGUCGACUACUUCCCCGAGUUUGAUGGGCCCCAGAGAGACGCUCAGGCAGGCCGGGAGUUUAUCCUAAAGAUGUUUGUGGACCUGAACCCUGACAGCGACAAGAUCAUCUACUCCCACUUCACCUGUGCCACAGACACAGAGAACAUCCGCUUUGUGUUCGCUGCCGUCAAAGACACCAUCCUGCAGCUCAACCUGAAGGAGUACAACCUGGUGUGAGAGAGAAAUUGAGAGAAACCGGCAGCCCACGCAGAGUACACAUCUACACACACACACCAACAAAUGAAACAGUACACACACUAACACACACACACCUGCACUAACACACACACACACACACACACACACACACACACACACACACACACAAACACUCGAUCGCACAUGCGUAAUAUAUUCCAGGUUCUAUUCACCCCUGGUCCCAACAUCAUCCUGCUUCUUGUCUAUGGUUUAAUUGGAUGUGUUUUUCCAGCUCCAGUCAUUUCCCCCCACUCCUCUCUUCCCUGCCCACUGUAGCCUGACAUCCCUCCUAAUGUCACCCGCACACACAAACACCUAUAUAUAUAUAUAUAUAUAUAUACUCGGAGGCUGCUCUGACUUGACUUGGUGGUUGACAGCUCUCAUUUGUCACCUGGUUUGGCUUGCGUCUCUGGGUCACCCCUGUUAAAGGAGGGGGGCUUGGGGGUGGGUGGGUAGGUAGGUAGAGGUCUGUUUUGAUUUGGUGGCUUGGAUGCUGGUGUGAUUUAAAGGAAGGAGAGAUGAGCUGAGGUGUAGGAAAGCAGGAAAAUGCCAGUGUCCCCCCUUCACAUUCAGCAGGGUCUGUCUGCGGGAUGGGGGGGACUGGGCACCCACCAGUCUGCAGGGGGUUGUGGGUAACUGCAUAGAAUAUCGUUGGAGCAGGUGCGGGUGGUGCUGAGGAAGCUCAACUACAUGGUCUUUGAGGUGUGUUUUUUCCAAACCUCACGCUAGGCUAGAAGUCACCUUGCACUGUUGAAUGUAAAAAGUUUGUGUUACAAUCAAGUGGAUGCUCACACAGACAGAGCAAGGGUGGGAGAGAUGAAGUAAAUUGAUCUGUGUAUAUUAAGAAUUAUUUUAGGUGAGUUUAUUGACUAUUACUAUUGCUACUACCGCUUUCCCGAUGAAGAUGUUAAUUAAAGAUGAACAAGACCGCAGUGUUUCUCAUUUCCAAGAGGAAAGUCACAAUUAUCCAAUAGAGGAUGUAACCUACAUAUUUGGAGACUCUUAGUUUCCUCAAUCCACUGCUCCCCGUCCCUUAGACAAAAAAUAAUUUACAUUUUUCACAGAACCACUUGUCGAAUUGGCAGCAUCUUGUAACAUUCUAAAACUAAAACGACAAUAUGAAUAAACUGCAGCACUAUUUAUAUUUAAUUUGUCAUGAUUUUUACUCCUUAAAAUGCUGUACCAUUUGCCAAAUGUAUUAUGUUUUGUUUGCUGUAGAUACAAUCAAGUUGCCAGUAUCAGUUACAUCCCCCAAGACUGUUCAGAUACGAUGAACAAAACCAACUCCUUGGGGAAUGGGGUGAUGGAGAUGACUGAAACGAAAUGUGUAUAUUUACAUGUGUGUCUUCUCUCAUAGUUGCAUUGAAAAGUUUGGUACAUUAAUUUAGGCCAAACUUAUUUAUAUUUGCCGUACUAUACAGUUUCUUUUGGACAAUUGCCUAAUUAAUUACAAUUGUUUGAUACUGUUUCUGUGAAUUUUUUUACAUUUUGGUUAUCUUCUAAUGAAGGUAAACAACUUGCUGUACUUGUGCAGAUGACAUAAAGGAGCAAUAGUUUGUUGUAAUAAAGAAAUCUUUAGUGCUGCCAGUUAACUUAAGUCACAAGUUGGUCCUCCACCCGGUGUCAGUACAGCUUCUCUUUGUUAAAGGUAUUGGAUAUUUUUUUCCCUAUUUGGCCAAUAUUUUGAGAAAUGGUAGUGAUAAAUAAGAGUAAGUCUUUUUUUAAAUUUGUCUAAUUUAUGGACCAGAGCUUUAGAUGUUGUUCGUCUGACUCUUCCUCCCUGCUUCCAUCUAGAAGUGUCUCCAUCAGAUGGGAGACUGGGAGAGACGGGGUCCAUACUGCUGUAAAAAAAAAAAAAAAAGAUUUUAUUGGCAAGUGAUCUACCUUUAGAGACAUCAUACUUGGUAGUUGCAGUUCUAUUCUGUUUCAAUUUUGAAAUGCUUGAGAAUGGGAAGAUUCUUUUCCAUUUUGGGUUGGUGCAUUAUGCAAAUAGAAAAAAAGAAACUCAUCAGUGGUUGAAUUUAACUGGUCUUUGCUUGCAUUUUUGUAAUUUAAGAUUUUAGUUUGGUAUUGGUUUUAAUCCCAUAUCUUGUCUUUUGCUUGAUAGUUAAGAUUCCAUAGCUAACAAUAUGUCGAUAGGUUGCUAUUUUGUCUUCAACGUAAUUCAGGUGAGUUUUCAUAACUUUUCAUUAUAAGGGCUACUACUAGCAAAGUUGACAGAUAAUUAAAGGACUCUAUGGGUGAUAUAGAGCAAUAGGUGCAAUUAAAGUGGGUGUUAUGAAUCAGGGAGCCAGUGUUGGGGUGUGUUGAUGCCAAGGGGGAGGCCAUUGCCACAGGUUGAGUGCAAACUGUCCAGUGAUGCCAGUUGGUGAUCAUUGGAGGAUGAAUUCUGCUGGCUAUUUGCCUGUGAACUUUGACCAGCCCGUUUGGGCCCGAGCAGAGCCUAGUAAAAUCACAAGGGGAUCGCAUAGCUGCCUGCCUCAGCCAAUCUUUAGUGUGCUCUUCCGUUCCCACCUGCCAUUCAUGUCUUCAGCUUGGCUUUAGUCCAUUGUUGUGGAUGGUUUGUGUUUUAUGUGCCCUACUAGUCAUGUUUCUAUGCUUGACAUUUAUAUACUAAGAAAGACCAUGACUGGAAGACAUAUGAUUGCCACAGUGCUAUUUGCACUCCAGAGAGCGUAGGGUGAGAGCGGUUAGGUGAAACUUAACACUUUAGAGAGUUAUCAUGAUGACAGACUUGUUUUUCAUAUCUUGUAUUUUUGGUGCCAAAAAUAAUGGCUAAAUUGAGUGCAGGGUGCCCAAAUAUUUUUCACAUUCUACUGUACAUGGCAAGCACUUACCCUGCAAAGUGAAGUUUGUGCUCUGUUUAAGAUCUUGCUGUGUGUUUACAAUUACAUUGAAUUGCAACCUAAGAAUGUUUUGCCCAUAAUGUUGGCUUGGGUAUACUGUUCAGUCCCCCUUAACUAAUGUCCACUGUAUACUAGCCUGGCUGAAAGGUCCAACUUUUACCUUUCCUCUACAUUGUCUCUACGUCAGUUGUUAAAUGGUUUGUGCAAUUCAUGGAAAUAUCUAUAAAUGUUGCUUUCAUUGAAGGUGGAAAAGUAUUACCUUUUUUUGGACUUAGUUUAAGUGCCACAGUGUUUUAAAAAUGUUGAAACAUGUUGGACAUUUUGUAAUAACUUGUCAUUUGGCCAACCCGCGGUGGAUGUGGCCUUGUCGUGAAGGCAGCUUGCGAGUUGUCAGGGAUGUUUGGUGUUGCACAACUUGUAUUUGAAGGCCUUUCUUUGUUAAUUAAUGGUCCCACACCUAAUACUUUGUAUACCACAUUAUUUGUAAACUGUACAUAAGAAGCAGAAAUAUGAAUGCUUCCUGUGCAACUGCAGAUGAGGUUUUCAACUAAAUUUUAAAUUUUGUUGUGAUUGCAUAUGUCUGAAUGGAUGUUUUUGGUUUAACUUGUUGAGCUUGUAGGCAAGUUUUCAUUUCUCUCAGGAGUACGAAGGUCUCUUGCCAGGGCAGGCUGGACUGAGAUGUUGCCAGUGGUACUUCAGAUCACGACCAACAAGGCAGCUUGUUUUUGAAUUGUUUUAGAGUGGUUACUGCUUCUCUGCUGCUCUGUUACCUCAAGAAGCACACUCCCUUUGACCUGUGGUUUACUUGCUUAGGUAGAGUAGGGUUUAGUUCUACACAUGACACUCAUGCUGGGCUCUCUUCAUGCUUGUAACCCCCCAGUGGUUUUGCAUUAAUUUAGUUACAUUGUACACCUUUUGCGCUCUUUACUGUAGGUAUCUGCAUCAGCUUGUGAUCCAGUGGUUUUGAGGUGUAUGAUGUGCUGUGUGGUUGCUUCGCUGCAAAAAACACUCUACGAAUGUCUGGCGCAGGCCUCCCUCCCUGCUGUUGGCAGAUAUGAGAAUGCUACCAUGGGUUUUCUGGGCAUACAGUCAGUGUCAGUUUAAACCAAGUACAUUGGUUUUCUCCACAUGUGGACUAUGGACAGUGUAUGUAGCUGUGUUAUGUGCACCCUCUACAGCACACUAAUUGAACAUCACAAUAACUAGUAAGAGAACAUGAAAGAAGUACUGUCGUCACUAAAACCAGCACAGUGGGGAUUGAGGAAGGGAUACACUACUAGAGGCAAGUCCAUGCCAUAGACUGACUAGCACUACAGUAUAUACAAACAGUUGCCACCAUUUUUCCAUACAGUUCAUUUUGAAAUAAGCCUGUUAAACUUUAUUUAUUGUAAUGCUUUGCCAAGUGAAGGUACCGAAGGGGUAAUAUACUGUAGCAGUUGGAUUCAUCGUUGAAUUAAUGAAUAUGGUGUUUUUUAGAAUAUCAGCUGUUGUCUCCUCUUACUUGAUCUUUAAUCCUUUCUUUCUCCCGGGUCAAUGCACUGAACCUGCGCUGCAGCAAUGGGACUUCCGGCAUUCAUGCAACUUACAUGUUCAUUCAAGCACGUUUUGUUGGUACUAUGAGAUGUGUAUACACUUUUGAUGGUUAAUGCUUUUUCUUGAGAUCCAUACUGAUGUGAUGGAUGCACAGAAAUGCUAAAAGCUAUCAUUGCAUCUUUUUGUUUCUUUUUUAAGGCUGAUGCAUUACCUGAACUCUUGUAUUUAGGAGCACUUAAUAUGAUAGAUUUUUAAAUAAGAGGUUAAAUAAACUUUGUGUAGUGGUGUAUAAAUUGAAAGUAAUGUAUUUUUUUCUUAAGUAUACCAAAUGUAAAUUAUGUACAAUAAUGAAUGUGCCAAUCCCCUUUCUUUGUAGAGCCAGACUCUUAACAAGUGCCAAUGUUGUGAAAAAUCAUAAGGACCUAUGUAUUUCAUGGUCCACUUUUUAAAACAAAUAAACACUAAGUAUGUGAUUUAAGAUUAAUAAAUAAAUGAAAAAGGUGAAUUUUAUUCUGUAUUUAAUGAUAAACUGCUGUUUUUAAAGAAAUCACAUUUUAAUUGCAUGUGUUGGUUUGGGUGGGGGGAGGGGGAGAAACUAUUAAUGCAAAGCCCUUCAGAAAAGGGACCUAAUGGGUAUUGAUUUUCAGUAUUUUUCUUUUGUAUGUUUCAUUUCAACCACUGUUGCCUGAACCUCAUUCAAACAUGAAAAUGAUUUUCAUAGCCUUCUCCUUUAAAGAAAAAGUAUGUUUUAAAUUGGAAUAAAAUGUGUUCCUAUACUCUG